UGGGGUGUGUGGCAUCCCUGGCUGUGUAAGGUGGAUGUCGCCACGCCCCUGCCGGCUGUGCUGAGGCCACGCCCCCUGCGCCGUCUGACAGUGUCGGGAGCGCGCAGCAGAGACAGACACCGACUGACCGGAGACCGGACACAGGGAUUUCAAGACCUUCUGACCCGUGUGUAUGACAUCAUGCCUGAAGCCUGUUUUAAACGCUGUUACUAUCGAGAUUAGGUACCCGGAGACUUCUUCUCGUGUUUUGUGGGGACAACAAACCAAAGACAUUCACAAAUGAAUAACCGUAAAGAGGAUAUGGAGAUCCCUUCCCACUACAGGCAGCUUCUGAAUGAGCUGAACGAGCAGCGGCAACAUGGAAUCCUCUGUGACGUCUGCAUCAUCGUGGAAGGCAAAAUCUUUAAGGCGCACAAGAAUGUUCUGCUCGGCAGCAGCCGGUACUUCAAGACUCUCUACUGUCAGGUACAGAAAUCCUCUGAACAGACCACAGUCACUCAACUGGACAUUGUAACAGCCCAGGGCUUCAAAGCCAUCAUAGACUUCAUGUACUCUGCUCACUUGGCCCUCACCAGUAAGAAUGUCAUUGAGGUGAUGUCAGCGGCCAGUUACCUUCAGAUGACGGACAUUGUCCAGGCUUGUCACACCUUUAUAAAGGCUGCGCUGGACAUCAGCAUAAAAUCGGAGACCUCUGAUGAACUUGCAGACUAUGACAUGGGUGCCCCAUCCAGCAGCGCAGAGGCUCUUCUUUCUGCUGUGGUGGCCGGGCGCAGCAUCUCACCAUGGCUUGCGAGAAGGACAAGUCCGGCCAACUCUUCUGGAGACUCUGCUAUCGCCAGCUGUCAUGAAGGGGGUAGCAAUUAUGGUAAAGAGGACACAGAGCAGAAAGUGGACAGUCAAGAUGAGGUGUCCUCCAUUUGGGCAGGAGAUGUGUGCUAUGGACCAUUGCGUAUCAAAGAGGAGCAGGUCUCCCCAUCCCAUUACAACAAAGGGGACCCAAGUAAUGCAUAUACAGAGCAUGGUGAUGGCUGGCAGCACUCAGGGCGAAGGAAGAACAGAAAGAAUAAAGAGACUGUUAGACACAUCACUCAGCAAAUGGUAGAAAGCUGUAGAACGGGAUCUCCGGAGCAAUCAUUUAUAUCCAGCACACAGUGGCAGUACAGCACCCAGGACAACUCUGGUGACGAUGUAACUGUGAUUGAGCCGGGAAGUUCUGACAGCCGGGAAGAACGAGUGGACUUGUACUCGCAGGGCGAAGAGUCCUUACAUGGUGGGGAGGCCAGUUACUUGACUCACACGCUGGGGCUGGAGAAAGAGGACCGUCAUCAACAAGUCACCAGUGUAUCCAACCUGCGCAAUGCCCUUCUGAGCAAGAACAGCCUCCUGUCCCUAAAGGCUGAUGUUCUGGGGGAGGAGAGUUCGCUACUGUUUGAAUACCUGCCCAAAGGUACCCACUCGCUCUCUCUGAACGAAUUCACGGUAAUCCGGAAGAAGUUUAAAUGUCCGUACUGCAGCUUCUCCGCCAUGCACCAGUGCAUCCUGAAGAGACACAUGCGUUCACACACGGGGGAGCGGCCAUAUCCUUGCGAGAUCUGUGGCAAGAAGUUCACAAGGAGAGAGCAUAUGAAGCGCCACACACUAGUCCACAGUAAGGACAAAAAAUACGUCUGCAAGGUAUGCAACCGUGUGUUCAUUUCUGCAGCUAGCGUGGGCAUCAAACAUGGCUCCAGAAGGCAUGGAGUCUGCAUGGACUGUGCUGGCCGUGGAGUGGCAGAAGCCAUGUACUCAGGAGAAGGGCACUACCUUGAAGAUGUGGACGAGUUGAAGGUGGACGAAGAUAUGGGAGGGGAGGAGGAUGACGACCUCAAAUGGAAAGAUGAGGCAGAGACCUCACAGGAUGAUGUCAUACUAGAGGACGAUGAGAUAGAGGACUGCACUCCUGAUGUGAACCGUGGGCCACUCAAGGAGUUCACUUGGAUAGCCUAGGCAGGGGAAAAUUGGGUCCUAGAGAAACUCUUUAGUUGGGAGUGAAUUGAAAUUAAUCUGCUGGGGUGACAGACUCCCAAAUGUGAUAUCACUGGAGUGGGGCUGGUCAUGCUAAUUAAAAGGGUCCAUUGUGCCUGUAUGCCCAUGUUUCCUGUGGGACAGUGUGCAGGCAAUGCUCAUCUCUUAGGCAGGAAAUAGCCUGCUACUUGACAAAUUCUCACCCACUGGAAUACAGAAAAGGUGAUUAACUUGCCCUUCUACUGUCAGCAAGAUUUGUAUUGUGCGCAUCUCCUCCUCCUGUCACUUCCUCUCCAUGACAAAGGCCCCCAGUGGUGACAGAGAAGAUUGCAUGAGAUGUUCCUAGCAAAGGAUUUCUCUUUUACCUUUUUUAUUUAUUUUUUACAUCUUCCUAACUGAUCCAUAAACACCACCCACCCGUCUACAUAGGAGCCACCUGUCCUCUCCCCCACACACCUUUGUCCAGCUGCUAUUUUUAAAAGCAGACACUUUUGCAAACUUAACUUAAGGUUUGUAAUCUUUUGUAAUUGCUGAACACAAUCAGUGUGAGGUACCAGUGCCUGUCUCCCAUAUUCUUUUUUUGAGUGAUUCUCCCUGAGACAUGGUGCCUCCCUCUCGCACUUUGGGACAUGUUAUGGUUAAUCAGCUGCUUCCUCUGGACUUGUCAAGCAGAAAACAUUCCGUGUGGGGAGAGCUGUGUAUAAAGUGUGCCCUUUACUGUCAGCUAUCUCCUGUACCCCAGGUAAACCUCCAUAUCUUCACAUUUCAUUCAUAAACCGUGUGAAUGAGACAGAACAAAUACAGUCUGGUUAAGCUGACCUACACAAUAUUUAACUCUGUGCUAAUGAUUACAAGACAGGAAAUAGACGGAAAUCCCUGCCCUGGGCAGUUUGUUUGUUUUUCCUGCCCUUCCCCCAUAAUUACAUUGCCAGCUCCUUGUUAGAUGCAGUUCGCUGACCACGUGUUGAAGAUUAUGUUCUCGUAAAAGGAGAAUUAAAUUGGGACUAAGGCAAGAAUGUGGAUGGUGGUCCUAUAGGACCAAGUCUGUCGUGUCUGCUGUUCUAGGUCUAUUUUUUAUUAACUGUCCCUUUGUACGCUGUUUUUUUUUCCCCUCUAUUGCCGCUGAAUUCCCUCCUGUAUAGACCCAGCGUAAAGGGGGAAGAAGAGGAAGGAUGUGCAUCUCGUAACACCACAUUGACAUGGGGGGGAUUGGGGAUUAACUAUGCAGUGCUUACCUCUCACACUCUAUAACAGGGAAGGCAUCAUGUGAUUCUCCAGCAGCAUGAUGGAACUUGUAGUUCAACAAGUGCAGGAGACCCAACUGCUUCAAAGGGUUAAAUGACUCCUAGCAUGAACCAAAAUUAAGCAUUUUAUAGCCUGGCUGGCAAGUGUGAAAGUCACAGGUAGAUAUCCAACCCACCCCCACAUACUAAUAGUAGGAGAACAAUUUGAUAGCAUUACAUGGAAAAAUACAAAAUUGUAACUUAAUGGCAGUUCCCCAACAAAUGUGGAGUGUCAGAAACCAUUGCAUCUUUUUUUACUUUUGAAUCGUGUUCUAGAUUUUAGUCUGAUACUUUCAAGAUAUAUAUAUAUAUAUUUUCUGUCUGCUAUGAGUACUGCGUGUACGCUCUCCAUAUAGAAAUGCAUAUAAUAUUUAUUUUACUCCCCUCCCCCCUUCACACACAUUUCCCAAACGUGUAAACCAUAAAAUUUGCAAGAUUGUGCAAUGUUGAUUUAUAAUUAUUAUUAUUAUUUUUUUGUUGGAAUAUACUAUAUUAUAUUGACUUUAAGAAUUAUUAUAAACUUGUGUUUGUGAUGGAGAUGUUUUAAUAUUUGGGUCGGUGGGUGGGAGAGAACAGGGGGUGACAAGUUUGGCAGCUAAAGGCCAAUGUCAUUUCUCUGCUCGGCAGUCAGUGGGUUAACUUACCGGGUUAGAUUUAGGUAUAAUCGCAAAUCAAUCAGUCUAAAUAAACCACAAAACUGCUGCUAA